GUAGAAAAGGUCUAAGACAAAAAAAACACCAUGGGUAAGGCAUUCUUUGCCAUCUUUUGCUCACUUCUGCUAAUCCUGACUUGCGCCCAAGGGCUGUCCAUAUUUGGGAGCCAGCGUUGCAGAUGCAAUGGACGUGGAGCAAAUGCAGUGACUGUCAAGUCGAUGGCAAGACUUGAAAUCUUUCCAAUAAGUGCCUCAUGUGAUAAACUGGACAUCAUUGCUACAAUGAAGUCGGGAAUACAGAUCUGCCUUAAUCCAUAUUCUAAAAUGGUGAAAGCAAUGAUUGCUAAUGUGACCAAGAAGAAGGGAUGAUGUGAAAUGAAUGAAACUGAAGCAAUCCAAGAAUUGCAAAUGUCACUAAGGCUUCAAUCCUCGCUGCAUAUAUGGAUUCACAUGCAUGGCAAAAUAUUAACCAUAUUAACCUGAUACCAGCAUAUAUACCUUUUAACUAAAAUAAAUGCAUUCAUAAAAUACACAUAAUGUACGCACAUUUCUGAAAAUGGUCAACAAUCACAUCUCAGGUCUGAAGUAAAGUGCUUCAAUGAAAAAUAAGGAAAGGCUUUCAAGUAUUGUUUUAUAGCUGAUGUUCAUAAUGUGGGUCACAAGUCCUUACUAACAGGUGAUCAGAUUCUCCUCAAGUUAUCAUUUUGGAUGAGUGGAGUGGGCAUCCAUGGUUCUAUAGUUGCCCUGCAUGAGCCGUGACAUUCUGUUCUGUCCUUGUGUCCCACAUCCAAAUCCUUCCUGAUUUGUCCCUGCCCAAUCUCUGUCUACACCUUGGAUCUUAACUAUUGGAUCUGGAGGACCCAACAUUUGGUCUCCAUGCUAUUCCACAGGGACCUAUAUGGAUGGAGUGACACUCAUCACAUGCAACAGCCCAAAAUGAUUACUGUAGAAGCACUACCCUUUGGACACUGGAAAAAGUAAA